ACCACCCCCCCUCGUGGGCAGUGGCCAGGGCCAGGCUACCGGCAGUCCGUCCGGCACACGCCUCCCUCUACACGUCGGGUACCACCAGCCAGUGACCCCACCCCGCAGGCACACACGCCACAGGCCACACUCGCACCGCACCCGCACCCGCACCUGUUCAUCGUCUUGGAAAGCUUCUCUCCUCCUCUCCACCCCACUCGACCACCAGCUGGUGACGUUCUCCUCCACAGCGCCAGCCGGCGCGGCCGCCGCGAGCCCGAGAUCCCGUGCCCAACGCUCCCUGUUCGCGGCCAAGCCAGGGCUGAUGCUUACGGCCUUCUCGCGAUACGCGCUUCCAGCCGUUUGAUUUCCCAACAACCAAUCUGGGUCAUCGGCUUAAACUGCUGGAGCUGUGGAGCAUACUUUGUUCUGCUCUGGUGUGUCCCUUUCUCCUGGGUCAUUCUCCUCAGGUCUCACUUUCAUCCCCAGGCCCAAAACGCAGAGUAUGCAUAAAGGCCGUGCUAUUCAGAAUGUCUGUAUUACCUGACGUCAGCCAACCUUUCCUAAUUCUCACAACUCCUGGUUCUCUGUCCAACUUAUGGGAGGUUCAGUUCAAUAAGAUGGCAACGUUUAUCAAUGUCGAAGUUGUGUAUGACAGGGGGAAAGACGAGCUCAAAUUAAUUCGAGAUUUUGAAUUUUAUGAGAGUGGAAGCCGCAGUAUGUUACAGGUUCUCUUAUCCCAUCCUGAUGCUAUCCUAGAGGAACCUAUAGCACACAUUGGUUGGGAAGCAGUCAUAGUCCUUAAUUCUGGAGAGCAAGAAAAUGGCAAUUACGUUGAUACUGCCGAGACCCUUAUGAUGCUGGAAGGAAACUUCAAAAGUCAUAUUGCUUAUGAGCGUCAAGCAGAUUCUUCGAAAAUACUGGAGCACUGGGUUCCUGCUUACGUUUCACAACUGCAGCUACAGAUAUAUUGUUCCAUAUUGCUUUCAAACUCAUCUGUCCUCCAGUCGCAGAUGACGAGUGAUAAAGCUCCUUAUGACAUUAUUAUGUCUCUCUCAAAGUGCUGUGAUGACCCUUACCUUGUUGAUGAAUUCCUGCCGAAUCCUCCAGUCGACAAUCAUGAUCACACUGAUCCUAUAGUUACAAGAGUGCAAGCAUGUGGCAAGCUACUGCUGCUUCAAAAAAUGCUUGAAGCGAUAAGGAACAAGAGGCUAAGAGUCAUUAUUCUUUUUCAACAGUGGAGUCCGUUGGGGAGGCGCAGGGAUACUGAGUUGAUCAACACCGCUCAACAACGUCUGCUGCAAGUUUACGUGAUGGCUAGGGAGCCUUGACUAUGGUGCUGUCCAUGGUCCCUUUUGUUGCUUGACGAGCCUGCGUGCUCUGUACGGGCUAUGCCCUGUAAUAUGUCUUUGGUUCGGUUGAGUCGCGCAUGAAACUUCCGAUGAUCCUUUUGCGCUGGCCGGAUAGGUCUGUGGGGUUGUAUUAUGACUUGUUCACGCUGCCGUUGUGGCUUUAUUAAUUUAAAGCCGGACGCGUCCGUGCGUCUUCGUUCUAAAAAAAAAAUGAACGUGUUGAAUGUCGUGGACAAUUAUCAAGGAAAGCAGUGGCACUUGAUAAGUUCAAUGACAAGACUAAGGGGAGAUUAGUUUUUCUGAUUGAAACAAGUGCAUGCCUCCCAAGUAUUGAGCUGUCAUCUGUCGAUGCCAUUAUCAUAUAUGAUCAAAAGGCUCUUCAAAAAAUUAAAAUAGAGUCACAGCUUAGGUAU